AUGACCCUCAUAUCAGAUAUUAAACUGAUAAGAACAGAUACUACACUUGAUCUUAGCCAAAAGGCCGAGAAAGGUAUGCUUCGUAUGAAAAUUCCGUUCUCCUUGACCAAACGCAAAUUUCUUGUGAUUUGGAUAGGUUUGAGUGUGUCAUAUCCGAAAACUUUGACUUUUAUGAGUUAG